AUGGCAGUUAGAAUUGAUGAAGUCCUAAGAUUUAUGGAGGAAAGUUUAGCAGCUGUGGGGGCUCCACUGGCGGAGGCCAAGGCCCAGGCGGAUCUCUUGAUCCAUGCCGAUUUAGUCGGGCACUUUAGCCACGGCCUCAAUCGUCUCGAACUCUAUAUCAAUGACAUGACGAAUGGCAUUUGUAAGCCAGCUGCAAGCCCGGUGAUAUUAAAGGAAUCGGCCGCUACAGUUUGGGUGGAUGGAGCGCAUGCUUUGGGUGCUACAGUGGGAAACUUCUGUAUGGACUUAGCCAUAAAGAAGGCAAAAGAAAGUGGAGUAGGGUGGGUCUCAGCUAAAGGAUGUAACCAUUUUGGAAUGGCUGGCUACUGGGCUCUAAAGGCAGAGCGUGAAGGUCUAAUCGGCAUGGCUUUUACCAAUUCUGCGCCAAUUAUGACGCCUACGAGGUCUAAAAACAGCGCAAAUGGUACGAACCCCAUCGCGAUGGCAGCACCAGCAGGUGGCGGCGACUCAUUAGUGGUUGAUAUGGCAACUACCACGGCUGCUAUGGGCAAGGUGGAAAUACAGAUGCGUAAAGGAGAAAUGAUACCAGAAGGCUGGGCUCUCGGGCCAGACGCUAAGCUAACCACAGAUGCUGAACUGGCGUUUGAAGCUGGACGACUUAUGCCGCUCGGUGGUUUCGAGCAGACUAGCGGUUACAAAGGCUACGGUUUAAGUGUAAUGGUGGAACAGUUCUGUAGUGGUCUAUCUGGAUCGAACCCAUCCCAUAAAGUGCCCGGUUGGUCAUACACACAGACGCAACCUCCCAACAUGGGCCAAUGCUUUGUGGCUAUCGACCCGGAACGAUUCGCACCUGGCUUCCAAGGCAGAGUAAAGGAUUGCCUGGAUCAUUACAGAAGUCUGGAACCAGUUGACCCAGCGCUUCCAGUUUUAGCUCCAGGUGACAAAGAGAAAAAGAAUGAAUCUAUAACACGAGAGAGGGGAACAAUCAUCUAUCCACAACCCCAAAUCGAGUCGUACAACAAAUUAGCUGUGAAAAUUGGUGUAGAUCCUAUUAAAACAGAAUUUAUAUAA